AUGAGUUUUAGGGAAUUUCCGGAGCCAUACAUUCUGUGGGUUAAAGCUUGUAUUACCUCCCCUAGCUUCUUUGUCAUCAUUAAUGGGGAGCUUAUGGGUUAUUUCUCUGGAAAAAGAGGGCUUAGGCAAGGGGAUCCCAUCUCCCCUUACCUUUUUCUUUUGGUUAUGGAAGCUUUUUCAAGCAUCCUUAGGCUUCGAAUCAGUCAAGAAGGGUUCUCUUUCCACCCUCGAUGUGCUGCCAUCAAUCUUUCUCACUUGGUGUUUCCUGAUGACAUGUUUAUUCUUCGUGGGGCUGAAGUUGAUUCUUUUAGGGUCAUCAAUGGACAAUGGUGUUCUCAAGGAGUUCCAUUUUUUCUCAGAUGCCAGUUAAUCAGUUCAGUUCUUUUCAGUAUUCAAGUCUAUUGGUCUUCUGUUUUCAUCAUUCCUACAAAGAUGACGAAGGUUAUUAAAGCCAUGCUUGGUGCUUUUCUCUGGAAUGGUGUGGCUCUUAAGUCAGUGGGUGUAAAAGUUACUUGGCAAUCUGAAGAAGAUAUUCUAUGGGUUAAAUGGGUGCAUUCUUAUAUUAGUAAGUAUCAAUGUAUAUGGAACAUGCAUCUUCCUAUUGAUUCUUCAUGGACCUUGAGGAAGAUCUUCGGUUUGAGAGAUAUGGGUCUGAGAUUCAUCAAAUCAGUUGUUGGGAAUGGUAAGAACACUUUCUUAUGGUUGGAUAACUGGCAAACUUUGGGACCUUUGUUUCUGCGAUUUGGAAAUAGGGUUGUGUUCAAUACUGGUAGGUCACUUGGGGCUAAGGUGGAUUCCAUUAUUGCAAAUGGCAGGUGGAAAUGGCCUCGCGGCAGAAAUGCAUCUAUUAUUGAGAUUAAGGCUGGCACAGCAAGUGAUCUUGUUCCAGCUAUGGAUAGAGAUGACAAGGUUGUCUAG